AUGCGUCGAAAUUUAAUACUUCUUCUGCUUUCCUUGCUAUGGAUUACGGUCACUCAUGAGAGGCAAUUGCGUCCUGCGCCCGGCAAGCCCUCUCUACCUCAAGCAGCGCGGGGUAAAGGCCCAUAUUGCAGCCGGACAACCUGUGGUGCUGGAAAGAAGCCGGGUGUAUGCCGCCGCCAGCUGAGUCCAAGGGUACUCGACGCGCCCAAACCGUCAUCACACCCAGCCGACGGCUAUUGGUAUAGCCCAAGCAACUAUGGCAAUAACGUUGAUAAGUUUGUCCGCGGCGAGGUAGCUAAGCUGAUCAACACACCCAAUGGGAUUGUCAGAAUCGACAGAGAAGAUGUUUCCUCCCAGAUCGCCCGCUUCAAGGAUAAACCAACGUCGCUCGCAAUGCUUGGGUUUUGCGGAUGUAUUGGUCUUAUCAUCAUGUCGAGACAGGGAGUUUGGAUGGCUCAUUUGUACGAGAAGGAGGUCAUUAUGUCCGAGGAAAACUUUUACAAGGGUGUCGCUCUCCUUCUUCAUGGUGGUACUGAAGAUAUGUAUUACGGGCUGUGGGAUCUGAAUGAUGACAUCUUCGCUCGAAACCAAGAACCAGUGGCUAUUCUUUUUGGCCCUGGGCCGACAAAGACUAGUUUCGACUACAAAUCCCAGAUGGACACAAUAGACGUAACGGUCAGGAGAACACUCGGUGUAGCUCCUACAUGGGUUUCGUAUGUGGCGGAGGAUGAUGGUUCGCCGGAAUACAGAGCCGACUUCAAUUGUUUGCGUUCCAGAGGUAAGGUGCUUGUGCAGUACCAGCCGUCUAACCCGGGAUGGUUCGGGCGUUCCAAUGCCGAAGCCAGGAUAUGGAUCGAAGGGAACCGUUGGACACACAAAACAGCAUGGUCACCUCAGAGUGAUCAAAUACGCAAUUAG